UACAAAAAAAAAUGUAUUAUAAAUGAGGGUAGUUUUUAUCCAGACAUUUUGCUGUUUACACAUUGUAGUUAUAUUGCUUGUUAAGCCAAAAUUAUUUUAAUUCGAUAAAUGCAAACGAUGUCCGCAACCUUAAACACCGACGCGUAUACUGAUGUGGUGGAGCUGUGUGCGUUACUACAAUGUCUCGGGUUCAGUGUUAAAUCUCUCGAGUCUACGGAAGCAAAUGUCGGCGAAGACGCCGGAGCGAGGACCAUUGUUAUUAAUUGUCAGUCAUCAGGCUUGCACGUGGUGUUGGAAAGUCCCAGUGUAUCAUGCUCCUGUCCAUCCGCCAGCGAACAGAACAGUGGUAUAUGGCAGGUUUCCGGCGUCACCGGUGGAAAACAUCUCGAUAAGGAAUUCGGAUGGUCUCUCCUCGGUUCCUUACCUAAAUCGCAUCGAGACAGACUUACGAAAGAACUCCUUGAUGUAAUACGGUAUAUUAAAGAAUACAAUGAGACGGACGAUAAACGCAGAGAGAAAGAAGCGAUAGCCAAUCGAUCAGCUAGCAUGUUGGAACUGACAACUCCUGAGAAAUCGCAUUUUCAAAUUAAAUCGGAUACGCCGACGAGAUGUCGCUCGUUGGAUACCUUGACGAAAGUCAGGAAAGAUGACCAGCUCCCUGUUCCUCGAACACUCCAGCGAUCUCGUCUCAAUUCGGAACCCUCCACUGACGACGAUAAGGCGGAAAUAAGACAACCCAUGGCUCAAAGACAAAGUACUUACACGCUAUCCUCCACGCCUGGCAGUGCUAGACGACGGAACAAAACAUCAAGUCCUCUAAAAGGUCCGCAGAACGACUUAUUGGGAUCGCUAUUGGCCGCAGAGCAAACCGCCGAGGACUUGAGGAGGCAACUAGCGAAUGUUAUCAAGGAAAUCGUAGAUGAUGCAAAGAAUGAUUCAUCGUUAUCUUCGCUGGUAUUGGAUGUAUCUAAAAUAUCCGUUUUAAAGGUCGCGGAAACAUCGAAAGCUCAGUUCGCGUCAAGCCCUAACCUAUCGGCGCUUUUGACACAGGAGGACUUCGCUAAGAGCAGACUGAAACGUUACGACAGUGCGUCUACGUCCAACUUACUGCCCGAUAAACCGGGAACCAGCAAAGAUAAAACAUCGCGAUUACGUCGCAUAUCGCCGAACUUUUUUAAAACAAAAAAAGACCCACCAGCCAUUAAAAUAGAUAAAGUCAAAGGACAAGAGAAAAGCAGCAAAAUAAACAGUUUAUUCAGAGCAAAGGUGGUAGCACCGGUUCGAACUUCGAGAUCGAACGCCGAAUUUAGCCCCAAUCUAAGUUCUGCCUCCAAGAAAAAGUUUAGUCACGUCAAAUCAACAAUACCAAGACCAUCUAAAAAAGAAUAAUAAUAUUUCAUUUCAUAUAAUUUAAUAACGUGUCUGCUGAGGUUGUAUGUGUGCGUUCAUUUUUUUCAUUUACCUGAAAUAUUUAACUAUUUGCUUUAAUCACAUUCAUGUUUAGCUCCAUUAUGCCGAAAAGACUAUCAAACCAACAAACAUACGUUCGCAUUUAUAACAUUGUUUGUACUGUUCGUUGUAAAGAAUUUAAAUUACUGGUUAAUUAAAAAAAAUAGGCACAUG